AUGCGGAAGAUGGUGGCAUCAGCCAAUGGCAUGAAGGAGCCGGAUGGAAGGAAGUUGGACUGUUUGCCUGCUGGGGAAAGGACGGGACACUGCAGUGCCCUGCUGCUGAAAGUGGGGUCCACGGGCCAGGAGCACUCCCACCCAGAUGCAGUUGAUGCAGUGGAGGACUCUCCAGCCUUAGAAGACUACCGAGAUAUUGGAAAGGAGGUACUUUGUCUCUCAUUCUCCCUCUUGCCUGAUGGAGAUACGCUCUUUGAUGAAUCGUUCUUGACAAUCCUUGACCACACCCUCCUAUCCCUCAUCUCCUCUCUGACUUGUGGCGGUGGCCCCAACCUGCACAGCAUAGACCACCUGUUCACCCUUCGGGAGGGGUCACUACGCAGGCACCUGAUCCAGGAGACCCUCUGGAACGAAAAGCAAGAAAGAGCCCCUCACUCAUGUUUCCCGCUGUGCCCACCUGCAGUGCAUUGCUUUAGGACUUGACAGAUGAAAUCAGCAUCUUCCCAAACUUCUCUGCUGGAAGACUGUCUGGAAUGUCUCCCCUUGGCCCUCUGGGGGAUGCUGCCCACUCCACAGGGCUCCCUGCAGCUCUGUCUGAUUAUAAAGCUUCUCCCUAAUGGGCAAGAUCUCACACAUGAUAGAGCCAUAAAACGUGGCACUCCUGGCUGGCCCUGCUGCUUGUCUGAUAAGGGAGAUCGAGGGACUCACCAGCACAGGCAGAGGGCCCUGGGUCUUACCCCACCCCCGUGCCUCCUCCCCACCCCUGCUGGUCUGGGCUUCCAGCAUGUUGGAAAGCCUGUUCUGCAGAACACAAAGCCCAUGUUUUGCAAUGAUGAGGAUUCCAUGUUCAAGAAAGGUUGGGAAAUCUCUCCUCUCCUAGGGAUUCAAAACACCCAUGAGCACAGUCACGGCUGUGAGGAGGCUUCCCAUAAAGAAAACCUGCUCGCAUUUCCCUGGGACACAUUGCUGAAGCUUGUCACGGUGGUGAGAGAGACCUGUGGUCUCCUAGGAGGCGUGGAGCAGCCUUCCCACACUCUCUGCACUUACACAUCCUUGGGGGAUCUGGGCCAGGGGCAGAUUCUGACACCUCAGGCCUCGGCUGAGGCUCCAGACGCUGUGUCUCUCACAAGCCCCCGGGGAACAGUGACGCUGCAGGUCCACAGGCCACAGGGAUCCAGAGUGGCUGCUGAUGAGAAGACAGAGCAUAAAGAGGUUAAACCAUGCCUAUGGUCACCCCUAUCUGGUGAAGCUGAGAUUUGA